AUGAAGAAAACAAGUAUGAUCAAGCGUCGAUGGAAUCCUAAAGAGGACGAGCUAUUGCAGAAGCUAGUAAAGGAACAUGGAGCAGAGAACUGGUCUCUUAUUGGCCAAUUGAUUUCGAGUCAAUCUGGCAAAUUGUGUAGGUUUCGGUGGUGUAAUCAGCUUAAUCCUCAAGUGGAUCAUCGACUUUUCACUCUUGAAGAAGAUAAUACUAUUAUCAGAGCUCAUGCCAAAAUAGGUAAUCGAUGGGCUAAGAUAGCAUGUUUGUUGCCAGGUCGAACAGAUAAUGCGAUAAAAAAUCAUUGGAAUUUCACCCUUAAUUGA